AUGCCGAACUUUUGGGGGCAUCUCGGUACCUCGCAUUCUUCGUUGGGCAACAUCAAGAUUUCCCCAAGAGCUGAACAAGAAGAAGCCAGUGCAGUGCAAACUUACAUGCAAAUGGGUCAGACCCUUUUGAUGGUUGCAACACUUAUCACAACUGUAACAUUUUCAGCUGCCUUCACAAUGCCUGGAGGCUAG